UUUAUUUGGUCAAAUAAGGAAGGAGCAACAUAAGUGAGAAAAAGGAGGGAGAGAGAUGGGUUGCGCUUCCAAGUCCUUGUUCACCCAAGGAAGCACUAUCCAUUUCCCACCUCCACCGCGUCCCUACGCCGCCGCCGCCGCGGCGCCAUGCUCCUCUCCUCUAAAAUCAACUCCACUCUUCUCUUCCCUCCGUAUCACUUCACCGCCACAGUUUCGCUCUCACGUCCUGCCGCCUUUAACACAUUUACUCACCGCACCCGCUCUCCUGCCGGUUAGCGGCGGCUCCGACGCCGGAGACAACAACAAUGCCGGCGGCGGCGGCGGUGGUUGGAAUAAUCCAUUCGACUCAUCAUCCUCAUGGUGGUGGCAUGACGACGACGACAACGACAACGGUGGUGGAUCUCAUAACCUCAUUUUGUUCUCGUCUAUAUUGUUGGCCUCCGUGACGUGUUGCUUGUGCCAGCUCAGGCUGGCGUAUGCCCUAGCGUCGGAGGAGGAGGAGGAUGUUGAGUCUGUGUGGGAGGUGAAGGGAGGCAAGUGGACAAAGCUCGUUCCUGAUUUUGUGAGGGACGGCUUUGUUGCUGCUAAUGGCGGUGGCUUGGCUUCAGUAAGCUUUGGGAGUCUUUGGCUGCAAUGCAAGAAUCUGUUUGUGCAAUUGAUGCUUCCAGAAGGCUUUCCUCAUAGUGUUACUAGUGAUUAUCUGGACUACUCUCUCUGGAGAGCAGUUCAGGGCGUCGCUAGCCAAGUCAGUGGUGUGCUUGCCACACAGGCUUUGCUUUAUGCUGUUGGAUUGGGGAAAGGAGCUAUUCCUACUGCCGCGGCGGUGAAUUGGGUGCUUAAGGAUGGGAUUGGAUACCUGAGCAAGAUUAUGCUCUCGAAAUAUGGGAGGCAUUUUGAUGUCAAUCCGAAAGGGUGGAGGCUGUUUGCUGAUCUUAUGGAAAAUGCUGCUUUUGGAAUGGAAAUGCUCACUCCUGCAUUUCCCAAUUAUUUUCUCUUGAUUGGUGCUGCUGCCGGCGCAGGGCGCUCAGCUGCUGCACUUAUCCAGGCUGCUACCAGGAGCUGUUUCUAUGCUGGUUUUGCUGCUCAGAGGAACUUUGCUGAGGUUAUUGCUAAGGGUGAAGCUCAGGGAAUGGUGAGCAAGUUUAUCGGUAUCAUGCUUGGUAUAGCAUUGGCUAACCAGAUAGGAUCUUCUACGUCUCUUGGCCUAGCUUCUUUUAGUGUGGUCACUUGCAUCCACAUGUUCUGCAAUCUGAAAUCGUAUCAAGCCAUUCAAAUAAGGACUUUAAAUCCUUAUCGUGCAAGUUUGGUUUUCAGCGAAUAUCUGCUUAGUGGCCAAGCACCUCCUGUCAAAGAGGUGAACGAGGAGGAACCGCUUUUUCCAGCUGUACCGUUUCUUAACUGGAAGCCAGCAAACAGAGCACCGCCAACAGUAUUAUCUUCAGAAGCGAAGGAUGCAGCUGCUGAAAUUGAGCAAAGGCUGCAGUUGGGAUCCAAGCUCAGUGAUCUAAUCAACAACAAGGAGGAUGUGCUUGCACUGUUCAGUUUAUUUAAAGAAGAAGGCUAUAUUUUGACUGAACACAGGGGAAGAUACUGUGUGGUUCUUAAAGAAACAUCUUCACUACAAGACAUGCUCAAAGCACUGUUCCAUGUCAAUUAUCUGUAUUGGUUGGAGAAGAAUGCCGGAUAUGAAGCAAAAGGAACUUCCAUUGACUGCAGACCAGGUGGAAGACUGGAAAUGUCUCUAGAUUAUGUGCGGAGGGAGUUCGACCACGUCAAAACUGAUGGGGAAUCAGCGGGUUGGGUUACAGAUGGUCUUAUUGCAAGACCUGCACCUAAUAGAAUUCGUCCGGGUUAUGAGGCCUCAUCAGUUGCUUGCUGAUAUGACCUACAGAUGGUGUUCCAUGAUGGCAUCUCAUAGGAAAUGAGAAAAGAAACCGUCAUUGGGAUUAUCAUUGGAUCUCAUGCUUUUGCCCUUGAUUCAUUAGUUGCUGCAAAUGGAAAGACUAACUAACAGGACAACAAGAUGUGACAAGAGAAGGGACGGUCGCAAGUUAUCACUUAUGUGAAGCGAUGACUAGUCUUUUUGGGGUGUGGCACUUGCUGCAGAUGAGCUCCUUCUUUCGUCCAAGUUGUGGUCUGAAACCCUGGAUUCAUAUAAAUGGGUUGGUCGGCCUUGGUUAUCAGGAUGCUGAUUUACUGCAUAGAAGAGGGUUCUUGAAAUACUUGACACAGGUCAUUGUGCUGGUAAUUUUACUGGCAGGGCAGAUGUCGCAAAUUACGACAUCCCUUUAAUCGGAAUUGUACUCGGUAGUUUCAUUAUUGUAGCGAAGUUAAUCAGGUUCUUCUAUUUGGUUUAGGACAUCCUUUUAGUCAGAGUUGUAUGGUAGAAAAUUGUAGUUUAAUUUGAUUAGUGAUGAUAUAGGAUCCCAAGUCUUUGUAGUCUUUAAAUCUGUAAUUAAACAGAGAUUGACAAAGGAACUUUGUGAAUGGAUUUUAGGGUUUAGGCAGCAUA